UGGAUGUUAUGGAAAAGUUGACAUUUGCAUUUUCUUCUGGCAAUGCAGCUCUUUUUAGUUACCAAUCUGAUUUAAUUGUUCUUUUUUGAUGGCUUAUAAGCUUCUGCAGUGUUAAAGUUUAACUUGCUUCAUUAUCUUUAUUUCUUUUAUUUUUUUACCCUUUUGACAUUGAACGUAUGCAUCGUAUUUUGAUUUACGUUACAAGAAUUAUGUAGCGGAACUAUAGUUCUAGAAACGGGAUAACACGGAGAGAAAUAACAGCGGACCAACGUGUUUCCUGCUGCAACGGGCAGAGAUUCCAUCGUAAAGUCAGAAUAUUUCCAACUGUACAAAGAUGCUCUCAGUCAUAUUUGGAAGAAACUCCUUCACAGCCCACCGGGUGCUGCAGUGUACAGCCUCCCUACAACGAUGCUGGUUUCCAAGUCUGAAUGUAUCCUCUGACAGAUCUGUUCCCUUCAGCUGCCAUUCUUUAAGCACAUGUCCGUUUACAGAAAUUCAAUCCGGACGUGUCCAGAAACGUCUUCCAGUCACUGGUUUAAGGAUGUCUCAGCUCUUUCAGAAGAACAACACUUUUCAUGAUUUUUUGCUGGCGAGGAUCCAGUGCUUCCAUUCUUCCUCUCAGAGGCUGAAAAAGCGAGCAAAGCCUGAACCUCCACCUCGAGAAUUGGACUUGCUGCGCUAUGACAUGAAGCAAUUGUGGAAUAGUCCCAAACCCGCCCUUUACCUGGGGUUCGCAGGGCUGAUCCCAUUUGUAUCACCCACUCUGUUCAUGGCUGUGACUGAGAGCUUUUGUCCCCAGCUGGCUUAUGCACAGCUAGCCUAUGCUGCAUCCAUAGUUUCCUUCUUGGGUGGUGCCCGUUGGGGAUUUGCACUUCCUGAGAGCAGCCCAGCCAAACCUGACUGGAUAAAUCUAUCCAACAGUGUGGUCCCUUCCCUGCUUGCCUGGGUGACUAUGCUGAUGAGUGACAACAUUGUUUCUGCAGUUACCAUGAUCAUCAUGGGACUUGGAAUCUCACUGCAUUAUGAUCUCGCUCUACUUCCAACGUAUCCCAGCUGGUUCAAAGCCCUGCGUGCCAUCUUGACCAUUGUGGCAUUUUUUUCUCUUCUUGGCACUCUGAUAAUGAACAGUUUAUACCCAGAGAAAAACCUUUUCUGACUUUUUUUUUCUCAUAGUCUUGGAUUCUCAGAUUCUACAUAUAUUAUUUUUUUAUUUCUGUGUGAAAAAAAGAACUGCAGUGAAUAAAGGUAUCGUAUACAUGAAGAAUUAUUUUAAAUAAAGCCACUAGAGACACCGAAGCCAAAUUCCUUGUACAUGAACUGUACUUGGCCAAUAAAGCUGAUUCUGAUGGAGGUU